AACAGUUCUGAGGUCCGUGCUUUCUGAUUUAAAAUGGACAAGCAUUGAAAUAUCCAGUUGAAUUGAUCGUUGCUUUACAUAUUUCAUGCGCGAUCGUAAAACAAAGCAGAUGGAAUUCUACAGCACAAAGUUAUACUUCUGUUUCCACUAAUUAACAAAAUAUGCAAGUCAGUCGCCUGGCCAAGAGCGUCACUUUUGCCGCGUGCAGCCCCUACUCCAGCGUGGCUCUGCGAGGUUUGUCUUCAAUCAGUAUUAUGUCCAGGCUGUUUGGAGGCUCAUUCAGCGAGCCUAAACCGAAGAAAGUUCCCAGCUACCUAAAGGUGCAUGGUGUUGAAAUCCAGGACGAGUUUCAAUGGUUAAAAGAUCGUGGAUCUAGGGCUGUACGCAAUUAUGUCAAACAAGAAAACAGAUAUUGUGAUGCUGUGUUGUCUGAUACAGAAGCUUUCCAGGAGAAUCUGACAAAUGAGAUGAAAGACUGGUUUCAUAAGCAUUUUGAUGAUGAGUCUGUUCCAGAAGAACUAGAUGGUUAUAUCUAUUAUUUGAGCAAUCCUCCCAAAGACUCUUACCUACCUGUGUAUUGUAGAAGAAAAAUAUCAGAAGAUGGUUCUUAUGGUGACCCAGAAACAAUACUAGACCAGAAUGAGUUAAAAGAACGAUACAAUUAUGUUUCAAUACCAAGAAUUAAAAUAUCUCCCUCAGGAAGGUACAUAGGUUUUUUGCUGGACAAAAGUAAUACUGGGAUGUACACCUUGUUUGUCACCGAGGCACAUGAAGGGAUCAUAAAUUUUAUUGAUGCCAUACCAAAUGUUGUAAAUUUUGAAUGGGGAUGCGAUGACCUCACCAUUUACUACAGCAGACCAGAUGAACAAAAUCGACCAUUUGCUGUGUUAAUGCACAAAACCUGUCAGAGUGUUCUAACAGAUGUUGUUCUGCAUGAAGAGAAAGAUGAAAGAUUUAUUGUUGAUGUAAGUGCCACUAAAGACAGGGAAUUUAUUACAAUCAACUGCAACUCAAGGUCAACAUCUGAGGUUAGCAUUGUAGACAUCAAGGAUGGUUCAUUUGUUUGUAAACCUCUCCACCCAAGGCAACAGGGAAUGGAAUACUAUGUGGAUCAUAGAGAUGAUCAGUUUUAUAUAAUAACAAAUGCGGAUGAAAAAAACUAUCGAGAUGGAACUCACAUACCUGUCACGUUAUUUCAUCACAAAGAUCUAAAAAAGGAAGGAAGCAAUCCCCUACUUCUACAUGUUUAUGGCUCCUAUGGUAUCAAUGUCAACAUGGGUUUUGAUGUGGAAAGGAUCAGUCUGUUAAAACGGGGAUGGUGUCUUGCUUUCUGUCAUGUCAGAGGUGGUGGAGAACUUGGACGGGAGUGGUACUUAGAUGGAAAGUUACAGAAUAAACAUAAAGGCUUUGAGGAUUUUGAAGCUUGUGCUAAAGCACUGCAUAAUUUGGGGUAUUCCAACCCACAGUUAACGGCAGCACGCGGGACAAGUGCAGGGGGAUUGAUAGUGGGAGCCGUCUGUAACAGAUCACCUGAGUUAUUUAAGGCAGUUAUUCUUAAGGUUCCAUUUUUAGAUAUUUUGACGUCAAUGUUGGACCCUUCUCUUCCAUUGACAGUUCAGGAAUAUGAAGAGUGGGGUGAACCUGGGUCCAAUGAAAGUGAUUUUCAUUACAUUAAAUCCUACUGUCCGUACCAGAACAUUAAAGAUCAGGUGUACCCUUCAGUGAUGGUGACCACGGCAAUGAAUGAUGAUCGUGUGCCUUACUGGCUGCCCCUGAAGUGGGUCGCUCGACUAAGAGAUCAGUUGUCUCACCAUGCCCAGGGAGAAAAGCCCCUGGUAGUCUGUCAUGUUGAAUACUAUGGAGGACACUCAGAAACAGAAGGAGUGUACCACAGAAUUGAAAAGGCAGCAAAGGAGUACGCUUUUCUUUUCAAGGCAUUAGGACUGCCCCUGGAGUAAUAUUUGAACUUUGUUCUGUGGAUGAUGACAGCUUUAGAUAAAGAGGUGGAAGGAUCGUGGACUGUGACGUUUUACUUGCUACGAAGUAGUGAAUAAAAUAUUAUGAAAGGGGUAGAUUCUUAACUGCUUUUUUAGUUUAUUUUACGUUUUUCUAAUAAAAGCUUUACACGCUUUAAAAUCCUUCACGCUGUCAUAUUGACGUCAUAAACUACCAGGAAACUUUGCGAGGUAAAACGUGGCGACUAGUGGGAAAAUUGAAGAUAAAAGAUCCGAAAACGAAACACUCAGUAUUCAAGUCAGUUGAAUUUUUUUUUUCCUUUUGAGCGAAGCCCAUGUUGUAAACCAUCAAGUCAGUUUUAAAUCAUAUCAAACUUAUGGUCUAGAGCUUAAGCGUUUUUCAGCCGAGAAUUCCAUUAAAUUAAUUAUGCUUUAAAACGUCUUUU